CAUCAAAAGUAAUCACACACGAAAAAAACACUCUCACUACAACACACACACACACACACACACAUUCGAAGAGAAUUCGAACGGGGUGAGAAAGAAAGAAAGAAUAAAUGCAAAUUAUCAAGUAUCCAAGCUUAAAAAUCAAAGUUGGACGAAAACAGAAGCCAUAAAUUACGAAAUUGUGGAAAUUCAUUCGUUUUAUCGUGUGUGUUUGUGUGCAUGCUGUAAAUUUUAUAGUGUUUUACUUGAUUUAUAUUCAUAAUAAAAGUGAUGAAUAUUUUUUAUUUGUUAAAUAUUUGAUACAAUUUUUAAUGUGUUUCGCGAGUUCUUUCAAAUGCUAAAAAACCCACCAUGUCGUCCUGUUUUUCGUCUAUCAAUUCUAUUCAAUUUUGUGAUAGUAUCAAGUAAUUGCAAAGGAAGGGGGGGAAAUAUCUCCAUAACAUCAGUGCAAUAAAGGAAAUUUUCAAUUUCAACCGAAACAAAAGAAGCAAAGAGAAAAAAAACGAAACCAAAACAAAUGUGGCCACUUGAAUUGCUGAAAAGACAAAACAAUGAGCGUGUGUGAGUACAUAUGUCAAAAAGUGAAUAUGAUUGCUGAAUUUGUAGAUUUUUGUGGCGAAUAAGUGGAAUAUUGCAAUUAUUGACAGCAACAAUUCAAUAUUAAAUAAACAUAAAGAGUGUAUGAAUAAAUUCGGGAAAUAGUGUGUGUGUAACAAUCACACAUAGUGUUAAAAGGAUAAUAGAAAGUAGCUUGGAUACGAAAGUGGAGAGCGCCAAACGGAAUCAUGUCUGAAGUACCGAAGAUACAAGUGUUUCGUCCGACGUGGGAAGAAUUCAAACAUUUCGAUAAAUAUGUUGAAUAUAUGGAAUCAAAGGGUGCACACAAAGCCGGAUUGGCUAAGGUGAUUCCACCUCCGGAAUGGAAGCCACGCAAGAAUGGAUAUGAUAUUGAUAAUAUGUCGAUAACGAUUCCGGCGCCCAUAUGUCAAGUUGUAACCGGCAAACAGGGACUAUAUCAACAGAUAAAUAUUCAAAAGAAACCCUUAACAAUUCAACAAUUCAGAGAUCUUGCAAAUACUGAUCGAUUUCAAACACCGAAACAUUUCGAUUAUGAAGAUUUGGAGCGAAAAUAUUGGAAAAAUAUCACAUAUGUUGCACCAAUUUAUGGUGCCGAUGUUAGUGGAAGUUUAACGGAUAGCGAUUGCAAUGAAUGGAACAUUAAUCGAUUAGGUACCAUUCUUGAUUAUGUCAAUGAAGAUUAUGGCAUACAAAUUGAUGGUGUGAAUACGGCGUAUCUAUAUUUUGGCAUGUGGAAAACAACAUUUGCAUGGCACACCGAAGAUAUGGACCUGUAUUCAAUAAAUUAUUUACAUUUUGGCAAACCAAAAACGUGGUAUGCCGUACCACCAGAAUACGGACGAAAACUUGAAAAAAUGGCCAAUAAAUACUUUCACUCGAGUUAUAAAAGCUGUAACGCCUAUCUGCGUCAUAAAAUGACACUGAUCAGUCCACAAAUACUCAAACAACAUAAUAUUCCCUUUAAUAAGAUUACACAAGAAGAGAAGGAAAUUAUGAUAACAUUUCCUUUUGGUUACCAUGCUGGAUUUAAUCAUGGUUUCAAUUGUGCCGAAUCGACCAAUUUUGCUAUGCCACGUUGGGUUGAAUAUGGAAAACGAGCGGUACAAUGUUGUUGCAGCUCUGAUAUGGUGAAAAUAUCCAUGGACACAUUUGUCAAGCGAUUUCAACCGGACAAAUAUGAUGAUUGGAUUAUGGGUAACGAUGUCGCUCCACAUCCUGAAGAUCCAUCAUCGGCAGCUAAACCAGCUCCACUUCCAAGCGAUCAAGAUAUUUUAGUCAACAAAAAUAAUUCAAAUGUGCCACAAAAUGUAUUGCAAUCGUUAAAGAAGCAAUGCAAUCCAUUAUUGAAGAAAUCGUUCAAGGAACGUAACCCAGAUGUGGAUAUGGAUGAAAUACAAAAUAAUCCAAAUGUUCCCGAAGAUGUGAAGGCAGCUAUUACUGGUGCAUUGACACUCACACUGGACGAAGAUGAUGUGGAUGAUGGCGAAGCUGAAACUGCUGAAGAUGAACUGCCGCCGGUCGAUGGUUUGGAAACAUUUGACGACGAUUACAUAAUGGAUAUGUCAGAGGAUGACGGAAAAAAGAGUCGGCGAAAACGUGUCGAUGAGAAUGAUGAAGAUUGGCUGACUGGCCGUUGGCGCAAAGUGGGAAAACCAAAACGAUCAAAACGAAAGAAAAAACGAUCGAAGAGUCAAACCGAAAAUGGUACGGAAAAUGGAAAACAAAUGGGCGACAAAGAAAAAGUUAAAAAGAAACGAUCGCGUAAAUCAAACGAUGCAAAUAUUUCAAACAAUAGCACGUUAAACAGUAAUUUGAAUGGUACGUUGGAUAGCAUGACAAAUACCACGAUGAAUAGCAGUACCUUGAACAUUACAAAUACCAGUUUUAGUGGAUGUGAAAAUAUAAAUAGUAGUCAAGAUUCGAUGACAAAUAGUAUGAUCAAUUCAAGCGGUUAUGAGUCGAUGCAAAAAGAAAAACAUAAACAAAAGAAAAUGCCGAAAAAACGUGAUAUUACGGAGAAACUGGUAAAUGGCAUCGUAAAAAAGACCAGUCGACGCCAAUUUACAUCGAUAAGUGCGAUAAUGGCAUGCAUUGAAUCGGUGGUACAAGGAACCGAUGUAUCGAUUGGCGAUGUUAAAAUACCAGAAUCUACGUCGGAAGUGUCAGUGAAAAUUGAAACAAUUGCAAAUUAUGAACUGUUCAAGGCACCAACAACACCAACACAAACCCCAGUCAAAAAUGAAAUUUUGACAAAUGAAGGCGAUAAUCCGGGAAUGAUGAUGACGACGACAACAUCAUUGCAAUCGCCAUCACCAUCGUCUAUCGAACCAAAAAAGAAGCCACGAAGGAGGUCUACAGCUGCAACGAAAAAUAAAGAAGCGAUGCACAUGGAGAAAUCGGAACAGGCCACACUUGGUUCAAAACCGAUCAUCAAAAAGGCUCAAACGAACGGAACAUUAGCCAAAUCGACUAGGACAAAUUGGACUGAAAAUGAAAAUGAUGGCUCAUUACCGUUCAGUGUUGCGAUACGUCCAUCAAAAGUGUCAACACAACCAUCAACUAAAUCAACCAAUAGUAACACGUUCGAGGAUGUAUUCAAGCAGUUCACUCAACAACAAACUGAUGUUAAGCAUUCACAAUCUCCAACAAAAUUGGAGAAAAAUACAACCGUAACUAAGGCAAAGAGUCCGCGCGAACCAAAAAAACCAAGACAACCGAAAGCACCACGCGAACCAAAAUUAGGGAAAAAAUCAAAGGCGUCCACCCAACCAGAUUGUACAACGAUUGGUUUACAGAUUCAGAUUCGUAAUCCAAUUGUUGAACCAACGCCAACGGCGGUGCCGUUGGACACUAAUUUUGAGUCAACAUAUUCGUAUAGCCAAGAGGAAAUGAGUAAAACCGCACCGAAUAUGAUCUCAGAAUCAAUGUCACCAGUAACAGCACCAUCAAAUAUGCAUCCACACACAGCUACCUAUUAUAAUAUGGACAGCAAUACACAGAUUGCGCUUGCCGAUGAUUACAUCAUAUACGAUCCCGUUCCCGAUUCAGCCCAAGUCCCAUCACAUGCUCAAACCCUCAAUAUGACGCCCAACGAAAGCAUAAAUAUUCCUCGACUAAUGCAUAAUCACUCAUCAAUGAAUCAGCAUCCAAAUCAUCAUCCAAAUCAUCAUCCAAAUCAUCAAAAUCAUCACAAUGUUGUACCAACAACAGCGACAACGCCACAUCAUCCACCACAUCAUCCAUACGAUAUUCAAUUGAUAAAUUAUUCAGAUCAAAAGAAUUCGCCGGCACUGAUUAGUCAUUUCAAUGUAUCUCACACAAAUGUUAGCAAUACGGUGGCUUGCGAUCAAGUCCAUAACAGUUGGCGGACAGCCAAUGAAAUCAUGAAUUGAAUAAAUAAAUAAUAAUGCCGAUUCGAACAUUUGGAUCAAAUGUUGCUAUCGUUUGCGGCAAAACUGCAAAUUAACUACCACAAUAUUGUGACAAACAUCGAUUCAACUACAAGCGCAUUCCAAUCUACCAACCAAUAUCUUCUUUUAGUCACCACUUCACACGCAACUUAUAUAGAGUUUUUUUUGUUUGUUUUUGCUAUCUUGCAUCCCCUUUGACAACUAUUUAAAUGCAUGUAAUUUUAACGAUUUAAAUUUUAAAUGAAAUAUUCGGAAUACACCGUAUCAAAGUGAAUAGAAAAUGUGAGUUGAAAUGAUGUAAAUGGAUCAAUAUAAUCGAGUAUUAACAUCAACCAUUCAAGUAGCUAUAGCUAUAUAGACACUUUUAAACAAGUUGACGAUCACCUGUGUUGCGUUGAAAAAUUAUUUUUUUAGAGAAACGGAAUUUCAUACAAAUGGCCAUUGUGUUUAUUCACCAGCAUAAUAAUUAAGCUUACUUACACCGAAUUCAUAUUACAACAAACAAAACAUCAUACACAUAUAAUGAAGAAAAUUAUCGAUUAAUUUUUAGUUCAGUUGCAGACAUUAUUUUUUUGGACAUUUUUCGAUUCAGAUUAAAUAACUCAUUAAUUUAUGGCAAAAAUUGUAUUUAUUUUGAAGAAAAAAUCAAAUCGACGAUGAAAUGUAUUUACUGUUACAAAAGGAAAAUUCAACGUAAACAGAUUAUGUUGAAAUUAAUAAAUUAUAUAUGUUUGUGAUUUUUUUCUAAUGAAAUUAAUAAGGAGAAUGUAAUUAUAAAAAAUUAGAAUUGUAAGAAUUGUUCAAACAGAUACACGGAUUUUACUUUAUGUAUACAAACAAUAUUCACACAUAACACCCAAAAACACACACGUAUAUAUAGCGUUUGUCUUUUUACAAAAUGCCGAUGCUAUUGUUUCUAGACUAGAUUUAAGAAUGCAAAUCAACAAAGAAUAACAAGUUUGUUUACAAUUGUUUGAACAACAAUAAAAAUAAAUCUAGUGUCUAUCUGUUUACAAGAUACAAAAGAAUCACAGCUUCGAAUAAAAACUGCGUCACCGUUGCGCAUCAUAUUAAUUAUUACAAAACA